UGUCACUUUUGUGCCUUGGAAGAACGUUUUUUGUGAUAUUUUAACAAUAAUUGCUAAUAAAUAAUAUAAAUUUCUAUAAGUGUUUUAUAACAUCAUUGCUACCGGAUGUGUAUCUUGCUAAUUUAUUAUUAGCAGUCUAUCAUAAUUGAGGUAUUUGUGAUUGCCAUAUGAGCAAACGAAGUUUGUCAACGGGGACGAUGGUAGCUACAAAGCAUAAAAACAAAGUAGUGCCAUGCUCAACCCCAGAGCACCAAGCAGAUUCUCCAUCAAGAGACAGUGAUUCUGUAUGUGACUCUGAAGCGGCCAGCCCAGUGCCAUUUCUCUGCACUCAAGAUGGCGCCGAGGGUGAAACAGAUGUUGUCUGGAACUAUUACACACCGAAAGCUGAACAAACAGCUGUGUCUCGGAUCAAAAACUCCACACCUCUUAGCAGAAAAGGAAGAAAAAUAUCGAAACCUAAAGUUAUAGACCGUCCAACAUCAAAACGCAAAGCUGUCAAUAAAGUAUCACACAAAAAAACUGCACUAUUCCAAGAGCUAAUGGAAUUAAAUCAGAAUGUGCAUGAAUUAAUUACUAAGAAACGGCCCAGUGAAGUUAAUGAUGAAAAACAAUCAGGAAGUGAGGAAGACAUUUUUAGUGAUUCAUCUGGCCAAUCUCCCAAAAGCUGCUUUAAAUCAUCAAGGUGUCUUAGAAAAAAUCUUUUAAGUUCGAAAUUUGCCAAACCUGAUUUGGAGCCCGCUUUAGAAUCUGACGAUUCAAUGAAUGAAUGUCUUAUUAAAGCCAGUCAGGUUAUUGAAGAAAAUAUAUUGAAAGUAACACCACCGAAGAAACCAAGAUAUGAACCAAACAAAUCUAAGAUAAAAUCCAGUAUUAACUUCCAAAUGGAUCAAGAUUCUAUGGAUGCCAUAUUAAACAGCAUUAAAUUGGAUUCACCUUUAGUAACUCGCACGAAAAAAGCUGAAUCACCAUGUUUGAAUAACGAUUCUUUUGAUAACUUCGUAGGCAAUUUAAAUGAUAGUACAUUAGAGAGGCUAACACAAGCUCCAAACUCUAAGAAUAAACUAAACAACUCAAAAAACACAAAUUGGAUGAUAGAUGAUAUAGUUCUGCAUGACGAUAGCAUGUCUAAGUCAUUUUUCGGGAGACACAACUCUAUGCCCGAGUCGCCAUCAGUAGAUAAUAAACCAUCUACGAGUGGAAUGGUUAUUACGCGGUAUAGCUCUAUGCCACAUGGAAAUACUGAAAUUACAGACCCCAGUGACUCUCCAAUCAGGUGUACUCAAGACGAAAUAAAGAGGAAGCAUCAAUUAGCACGAGAGAAGCUUCUAGCAAAGCGGCUUCUGCCCUUCACUUCACAAUCUAGCCAACAACAGCCAGAAAUUAAGAAAAAACAGUUCCAACCUAAAUUUGCCAGUACUGUGAACAAGGUCCCUAAUGUAAUGAACAAUGUUGCCAGCACAUUGAACAAUUUCCCUAAUGUAACUAACAAUGUUGCCAGCACAAUGAACAGGGUUGCCAGCACGAAUAACAAAAUACUUCCAAAAGAUUUAAAUCAGGCUUCUAGUAAUUUUCAACAAAAUAAUGUCAUUAGUGAUAAGUCAAAAGAUAUAAAAUUGCUUAUUGAAAAGAAAAGACAAGAGGCGCUUAUGAAAUUAAGACGCCGUCAACCGCAGAAAUAAAUGAAGAUUUACUUGGUUUUGUACAAAACUAGCGAUAUUGGUAUAUAAAGUUUAAGGUAACUUUGUAAAGUCAAUCAAUUGGAACCACUAUAGAACUAUGUCACAGUGACGUUAUAAAUCAGAUUGUAAGAAAUCUCUUACUGCUUGUCAUUUUGACAUGGUUGUAGAGUGGUUUAAAGUGCCAAUUGGCUGACUGAACCAACAUUAAAGAACAAAGUAUCAGAGUGUCCUUGAAGGUACGUAUUCAAUUAACUAUUAACAUGUUUGUUUCGAAACACGGUUUCUAAAUAAUGUUUCGUAAUGAAUACCAACGUUCUAUGGAGCGCAGCAUUCUAGGUGUCAAAAGGACCGAUCGAGUCCGAAACACUACGCUGCGCUCCAAAACUCGCAUUCCAGAUGUUGGCAAAAAAACCGCCAGGCUUAAAUGGAACUGGGCCGGCCACGUCUAUCGCAUGCAUCCGGAUAGGUGUGCUAACAUAGCCACCAAGUGGAUGCCGAC